AUGGCGGCGGCACGGCCGGGAAUGGCCGCUGCGGCGCUCCGUAGCUCGGCGGAGCAAGUGUCUCGGGCGGGCCCCCUCCCCGGUACGGCGGCCCGGCGGGGUCACACCGUGCCCGCCCCUCUCGCGAGACGGCGGCGCUGGGGCGGGCGCACGUGCGCGCGGGGUGAGGGAGCGGGACCCGCCGCGGCCCCAGGGGCCUCCGGGACCGCCGGCACCGCCACUGCCACCGCCGGGACCGUCACCGCCACUGCCACCACCGCCGGGACCGCCACCACCGCCACUGCCACCACCGCCGGGACCGCCACCGGGCCCCCAGCCCCGCUCAGCCCCCGUCCGCCGCCUCCCGCACAGCUCCGUCUCAUCGCAGGGACCCCCCCGGUGCUGGUACCGCAGCGUCCUCCCCGCUCGGGUACCCGGAGCCCACCGCUCCCUCAGCCCCGGCACCGCCCCGCGCUGCGAGCCCGACCCUCCUCAGGCGUGUGA